AUAGAACACAUAACUGUAGAAUAUUAUCAUACUAGUACUCCUUAUUUAUCAUCAGAAGCUAUUGAGGAAAUCAUUCAAUCUCGAGGAACUAUUAAAAAUGUAUAUAGAGAAAUAGCUUAUAAAUAUAGUACUUCAACUCAUAAAAUAUAUGAAAUUUGGAAGAGACAUGCUGAAGGAAUACCCUUGCACAAACAGCAAUUAAUACAUAGCAUUGUUUCUUCUGAAAUAAUGCUCAAAAAUAGUACUUCAAAUAGGAAGUCAAAGAAAAGAAAACCAGGAUCUAGUUCUAUUAGGCCGGAGGCUGGCUUUUCAGCUAAUAAGAUUG